AAUCUUGACUUUUCAAUGUUUCUCCGUGUUUCCCAGGUUCACGCUUCUCCCGCUGCAGAUUUGACAACCCCAGCUGAGGUUAAGGUCGAUCCAGUUGUUGAGGAAACUGCAGCUGCACCAGCAGAGGUAGAAGAACCCGUUGCUGCCGCUCCCGCAGAGGUCGAGACACCCGCACCAACCGUAGAGGAAACACCGAAAGAAGAAGAGGUCGUCGUAGAGAAGGUAGAGGCAGCAGCAGAGGAGAAACCCGCAGAGGAAGUGUCAGUCGAGACAAAGGAUGUUGAAACCCCAGAAACCGCAGCACCCGAGGAGAUAAAAGCAGAGAAGCCUGCCGCAGUAGAACCGGCAGCAGCAGUUGAAGAAGCAAAAGCCGCACCUGCUGCCCCAGCUGAGGACACAGUAGAGGAGCCUACGGCUACCUCUGCUGAAGAACCAGAAGCCGAAGCCACCGUGACAGAGACCAAAGCUGAAGAAGAAGAGACCAAGGUUGAAGAAGAGAAGGUUGUUGUUGCUGCUGAGUAGAGAGAUGUUGGGGUUUGUUUGGCAGCUGCACAGGUUAUUUUAUUAGAUUAUUGUUAAUAGUAGUAAUUC